AAGUCAAUUCGAGUUCAGUCGAUUCGUUUCAAAUUCAAUAAAAAAUAAUAGAAGAGUUAGUUUUUGCUUCCGAAAAUGGACAAAAAUCCAAAUAAACCAUUUCGCGGCGUGCCAGUCAAGUCGUUUCUGAGCUCGAGCAGCUCGGAAGAUGAAACCUCGGAUGUGGAGCAGGAGAAUGGCUCUCGUCGCAGUGGCAUGCGAUUCACUACCAUUGAGGAUUUCCUGGCCAGUCUGAACACCGCAACCACAGCCGUGUCCGCCCUGCAGGGUCUACAGACUCUCAGCGUGGAGAGCUACCAGAAGUCCAUGCCGGGUGCCCAAGCCCAAGAGUCGUCCGGUGAUACCGCACAGCAGCUAAUGGCUGCCAACAAGGAGAAUCAGGAUAAAGAAAUGAAAGAGGAAGAUGCUAAAGAGAAAGCAAAAAAAACAUUCCAAUAAUUUAAUAUAAUGGCAAACAUGUAGCAUCUGUUGGGUUAGAGGUUACCGAACAGCGCCAAUUGCGAUUCCAGAUACUCAACAGCUUGUCUAGCUAUACAUAUUUAUAGACUCUUUACUGUUAAGAAUCGUCUGUUAGACCUUCCAUAAAACGAGGAUCAGCAAUAUGCUGAUCAAAUAAUAAAAGGGCAUGGCAAAGCCUCCAUAUGCCAAUUAACAUA